UCUCUCAACAAGCUUUUGGUUUUAGAGAGACCUAGUUAUGAUCAAGUCCUACUUCUGUUCUACUUUUUCAUAUGGACACCCUCUUCUCUUCUUGUCUUGUUUCUCACUCCUUUAGUCAAGAUUGAACUCAAAGGAUUUGCGAUCAUCUAAACCCUUCUCUUCUUUUUCUCGUUUACCAAAAUUGUGUUCUCUACUCUACUCAAAUUCAACCCUGUAUCUACUGAAUUCCGGCUUCUCUAAACGUUUUUAGCUUCUGGGUUUCUCUGCAUUCUUGAUUUUGUAGUUUGUGAAGUGCGAGGUUGAUCAUAUCUUCAAUUGCUUUUGAAGUUGAUUAUAAUUUACAUUCAUGGAGAAAACAAAUACUUUUAAUGGCAUAGCAUGGUUUGAGAACAUUUACCAGACGUUUGACGAUGUGUACCAUGACAUGGAUGGAAUAAUGAAGCAGGCUGAAAGCCAGUUGGUGACAGUGGGUACCAAUGUUAAAAACUUUUUCUCAGAUUUAGAUGUAAUAAGAGAUGUACUCCCUCAAUCUUCAGUGAAUAAAACUCCAGGGGCUGCUCCUGAUACAUAUGUGGUACAGACAACUAAUGAUGCAGUGGAUGUUAAGUCAGCGGUGGGUAGUGAUGGAGGCCAUGGUGAUGAAGUCCACAUAGGUUCAGUUGAAGCUGACACGAGCGUUGCUUCUGGUUUAUCAUUAGGACAAAUUGAUGAUAUUAAGAAACUAUUUCAGCUCCAGACACCUGACAAGUUAAAUGCAAGCAAUGCUGAUCAAGACAUUGGAGCCCAAUUGUUAGUUCCUGCCUCAGAUUAUGUAGGAGAUUGUAAAUCUGUCAUGGAGGCAGAGGACAGAAGUACAAACCUUGUUGAUAUGUACAAUGAAGAUCAAGACAUUGGAUUGGAUAGUGGAGCCAAGUUGUUAAUUCCUGCACCUGAUGAUAUUGGAGCGGAGGAGAGAACUAGAAACCUUGUUGAUAUGUCUUCAGAAAUUCCUGAUGAGACACGACUCUCUAAUGCUCUUGAAAUGGACAAUCUCUAUAAGAAAAACACUGCAGAGGCUGAGUGGCUUAAAAUGUGCGAUGCUUCUAGUUGUGAUCAAUCAGAGACAACCAGGCAUUAUAUUAGCAGUGAAGGGGGAGAUAAUGAUGAUACCGACUCAGACUUACAAACGUUGAGAUCAUUGGAAAAGGAGCUUGGUGAAAGUUGCAUUUUAGUAGAUCGUACUGAAUUUGAAUGCAGUUGUGGUGAAGCAGCUAAACACAGUUCUUACAAGAAAAAAUUGAAGGAUGCGUUUGCUGCAAAAAUUAGACUCUUGAAGAACCACAAUUAUGGUGAACUGAAGAGGAACAGGUUACCAACACUAGCACCCCCGGAGAAGUCAAAUCCGCCUGAUAAUGAAUUCUGUGAAUCUGACUGGGAAAUUGUGUAGAUAAUAGUUUAAACCACAACAUAUGAAAUCUACCUACAAUGAUCCUGCCUCCAGAUUAUCCUUGCCUUCAAAAGGUUGUAAACUACAACUUGUAAUUAUGCUUCCAUUUGCAUCGUCCCUAUGCAAAUUUCUCAAAAUAAUUGUUCAUACAUAUUACGAAUGAAUUUCAUAUUUAACUCUUCGAAAGCGUGUUACGGGUGAUCAUUAUUUCCCUUCUUUU